AUGGACCCAUACCCAGAAACGGCGCAGGGGUACCGGUUCAUCUUCACCAUAACCGACCUGUUCUCGAGGUGGGUUGAGGGGUACCCCCUGAAGAGCACCACGACCAAAGAACUAGUGAAGAUCCUAGAGGACGAAGUCUUCACCAGGUUCGGUUACCCGAGGGCAAUCAUAACAGAUAACGGGAGCCAGUUUACCGGACACGGGUGGCGCCGGGUAUGCAGACACGGGCAGACGCUGCACUGGACCACGGCCCCCUACACGCCGCGACAGAACCCAAUGGAAAGGCGAAACCAGGAGAUCAAGAAAGCCAUCCGAAUCCACCUCCAAGGCGGAGAGCCGACCCACUGGGAUCAAGCGCUACCGACGGCGCUCUUCCAGAUACGCCGUCUCCGAAACGCCGCCACCGGAACAUCACCAAGCAAGCUCCUAUAUGGUCGCGACCUCCCGUUCCCGGGAGAGUGGGAUACACCUCAGGGAGAGGCCGCGAUCGAACCCGCUGGACAGCGGGAGGAAGAAGCAAGAGAACGCCAACGUCUACGAGCCCGGGGACCUGGUGCUGGUACGCGUCCCGGAAGGAGGCCAACACUUCAGACGGAAGUGGAGCGGCCCUCACACUAUCACCAGACGUGUGGGAAACUCACACAUGUAUAG